AGAGAGUUUGUGUGUAAAAUGCUUCCAGGCUCUUCUGACUGCAUCACAUGAGUUUGGAUCAAACACAGUGAAGUGUUUUUAUUUGGAUGGAAACAGAUCAGCUGGGUGAGGAACCUCUCGAUCUGCCCCUUUAACCUGUUCACCCCGCUCCUCGUCUCUCUCUCUCUGUUCCCCGUCUCGCCGCUUUGUGUUCACCGUCGCUCCUCCGAUCAUGGCUGCUCACUCCACCGAAGAACCGUUCCCCUUCCACGGGCUGCUCCCCAAGAAAGAAACCGGCGCCGCGUCGUACCUCACCAGGUUCCCCGAGCACGAUGGCCGAGGGGUGCUCGUCGCCAUCCUCGACACCGGCGUGGACCCCGGGGCCCCCGGCAUGCAGGUCACGACAGAGGGGAAGCCAAAGAUCAUCGAUAUCAUCGAUACAACAGGCAGCGGUGACGUGAACAUGGCCACAGUGGCCGAACCUAAAGACGGGACAAUCGCAGGCCUUUCUGGCCGAACACUUAAGAUUCCUACUGCCUGGGUCAAUCCUUCAGGGAACUAUCGCAUUGGAGUUAAAAAUGGCUACGAAUUCUUCCCCAAGGCUCUUAAAGAAAGAAUAGAGAAAGAGCGAAAGGAGAAGAUAUGGGACCCACCACACAGAGCGGCACUUGCUGAGGCCUCCCGAAAGACAGAAGAGUUUGACCUUUCUCACCCGACGCCCUCACAGAUGGAGAAGUUGCAGAAAGAAGAGCUGCAGAGUCAGUCAGAGCUGCUGGCAUCUUUAGAAAAGAAGUACAGUGAUCCUGGUCCUGUAUACGACUGUGUGCUUUGGCAUGAUGGAGUCACAUGGAGGGCUGUCGUGGACACUUCAGAAUGUGGAGAGCUGUCCCAGUGCACUGUGCUGUGCUCCUACAGAGAGACUCAAGAAUACGCCACAUUAGGAAAUGCUGAGAUGCUUAACUACUCUUUUAAUAUUUAUGGUGUUUUCCUCAUUUUAAUUUUCUCCAGAGUGUUAAACUGACACUGGUAAAUACAGAUUAUUCCGGAAUUCAGGGAUUAGAUUCAAUUCCACAGAAGCAAUCCAUCAUUCACUUAGUGUGUUUGUGUCUGGACCUUUUCCGGCAUUUAAACUCUGACCUUGUCAGGACUAGUUGACCUUAUGGUGACCAAUGAUCGAUCCUACUGGAGCAGAACAUCAUUUCUGAGGUGUUGGAUAAGGUUGGGGGUAAGAUGUGAAUUGUGGUGACGUUUAGUAGUGCUAUUCAUCUAGUUUUUUCUUUCACUUGGUCAACCUAUCUAGUAGGCCUGUUUAUUUGCACUGUCAAAGGUAAUCCCUCAAGGGUUCUUUCAAACAAACAUGACAACAGCUCAGCUAAUCUCACCUUGAGACAGGGGGAGACAAGUCACUGAUAAUUGGCUGCUGUACUGUUGGUUUGGAGAGAGCACCUGCAAACAUUCUUUGGGAGGUUAGAGCUCUCCAAUGUGAUGUUUCAGGGUUAAAUAUUGAAUACUGUGUUUAAAUUUUUCCAGAAAACAACUUUAUUUCUCACUUCUUGUCCUGUUGGUGUUUUCUUAGCAGCAUUUUUUAAAGGGGGGGGGGGGGUGGAGGGUUGAUUAAUUGAAAGUGCCACAGGGAGUUUUGGGUUGUCCAGGGUGAUGGAGGUCCGCAAUAAUUUCCCUUGCUGCAUUGAGACGAGGAGGUGAUGACCCCACGCCCCACGUCCUCAGCACACCCAGAGUGAUGAGUGGCAGUUUGUCCUCAGCCUGGGCUGAUGCUGCUCCAAACCUGACAGUUGUAGAUGAAGUGAAAGUGACGUAGGUUUUAACUGUUCAGGAGUUGACUGUGAUUGACAUUGGACAGUAGAGUUUGCUCAGCAGCUGCGAUACAACAGCUGGGGGAAGGAAGACCUCAGAGGUUUUGAGUCAUGAUCUCAAGUUCCCCUAAAAAACUGCAUAUCAAUAAAACCGUCCGUACGUACAUAUAUACAUACAUACAUACAUACAUACAUACAUACAUACAUACAUACAUUCACAUACACAUACACAUACACAUACAUAAGUCAAUAAAUACAAUUUUAUUUGUAUAGCCCAUAUUCACAAUUCACAAUUCUGCCUGGCUACUGGUUUGUAUUGCAGUACUAUGAAAACCAUGUGGCCCACUCAGUAGAUCAGACAUCAAUACCUCUAUGCCUUUUUGAACUAAAUGCUUCCUAUUUUAGAACAUAGGACAAGUUAGGUUCUGCUGCACUAAUUAAUGCAUACCGCCACUUGAUGUUAUCAACCUUCUAGACCUAUAGCAGCAUAACUAAGAGCAGGUCUAAAGGCCUAUGUAUGCUUCUCCGUUUCGACUGACACAGACACAUGGCAACGCCUCUCCGCCGUGGAACGCCCUCUCCAAGCACCUUGGAGAGCUCUUCGUGCAGCUCUGAUUUUUCUAACUACAUGUUGGCAUGGCGGAGAGCCUAGGGAUAGCCCUUGGCUGAGAUUGGUCCGCUAAAGACAGUAUUUCUGAACAUCAUUUCCGGAAUCCCACAUUUCCAGACCUCAAACUUCCUGUUUUAUUCCCUAUAUCACAAUACCCAAACACAACUAUACAACUAUGAUUGUACGAUUAAUUUGACAAAUGUGUUAAGCCAGCGGAGUUGUCCGGCUGACGGUGGCUGGUUAUCACUAACGGAAUGUGUGUACGGUCACAAACGGUUAUAACGCCCUGUCAUAACAUAGGGUGACCAGAUUUGAGUUUGUAAAAAAGACACUUCGGCACGGGGGGGGGGGUGUAUUGUAUAGCAUGCCGCUUGCUGCGUUGUAAACAGCGCACGGAGUGGAACAGCAAAGUGCUCAAUGUUGCCAGAUUGGAAAUGGCAAAGUAGGCUCAAAAUAGUCGUAUUUGGAGGAUAAUUAUCGUGGCUCUGGCAACCCUGAGAUUGGUCGCCCAAUGACAGACUCUCUCUACAGUUAGCUCGCGCAAGAAGGUGGAACGUAAGGGUGGUACCAUUUCCAGAACUUGGAAGGCCGAAAUAACUAGUAGGCUAUGUGAAAGACCCAGAAACACAAAUAUGCAACGAGGCAAAAAAAAAAAAAUUAUUAAUAUUUUUUUGGCGACGAGGGAAAAUAACGGACGCUUUUGGAAUCCCUGCUGGACGCAUUUUUUAGGUCUCGAAAAGAGGACAUGUCCGGGAAAAAGAGGACGUCUGGUCACCCUACAUAACAGCGCUAGCGGGCUAGCCACCAUGCUAACAUCGGUGGUAACAGCGCAAAAACCCGCUGUCCCGACUUUAAUUCCAAAGGCUAUCAUGACACUGAAUUAACAACGCAGUUCGAAAACAAGACCGGGGAACCACUCGAUAAGAAACGAUAACAUAAGCAAUUUGCUGGGUGUCACUUUAUUUCAGCUAAAACUGUCUUUUCUACGUGUGUUCAGAGUCAACUACAAUUCUCUGAAGCCUGAAACAUGCUUCUGCGACUGCGUCUGCGUCUUUUCACGCCGCUGUGGCGCAAGACUAGUUUUCAUUCAUGCUUCCCCAACCGUUGCGCGUCUUACAAAGCAAUUCCGCGCCAGAACACUAGGCGGAGUAAUGCUUUUUGUCGAGACGACCUGAGAGACGCCUUCUUUCUUCUUCGUCGAUUGUUUAUUUACAUAGCCACUGUGGCUCCUCGUAGCCUUUUUCUGGCGGACAAAUCCGCCAGUCAGUGUCAGUUAUACAAGUGAUCAUACUAUCGGAUAUCUUCUGCCAAGUGCUCUUCUAUUUGGUCCAUAUUCGUUCUUCUAAAUCUUCCGUGAUUUCUGCCGGUAUUAUGGGGCAUGAAACCGGAAAUGCAGCUCCAGAAGGGAUGUAGAGCAGACCAAUCACAGCCUUGCGGGCUGAGUGAGCUUGCGGAGCUUUGCCGUAAAUUUUAGAAAAGGGGGUCGACACCCGUCAGCACGUAAGGAGGGAUACAUAAGCACGUAAGGGACCCGGAAGGGCUCUUGCGCUUACGGGCCCGUGAAAACGCAGAAGCAUGUGUCAGGCUUGAGUCCUCUUCUAUGGAGGACCAUACAUGACAUAAGUAAAAAUAAAUAAAUAAAUAAAUGUAUAAAUAAAUACAGAAAGCUCAGUGUGUAGCUCAGUUGACCAAUCCUGCUGGAGACUGAGGUUAGGCCCGCCUUUCUCAUUAGCAUAAGGACACUGAAAUCGAAAAAUAAAAGUUGGAAUAAAUGUGGAAAUAAAUAAAUAAAUAUGGAAAUAAAUGCAGAAUUAAAUAAAUCAAUGUCUUAAACUUAUUUCCACAUUUAUUUAUUUAUUUCCACUUUUAUUGCAACUUUUAUUUAUUUCCACAUUUAUUUAUUUCCACAUUUCAGUGUCCUUAUGCUAAUGAGAAAGGCGGGCCUAACCUCAGUCUCGAGCAGGAUUGGUCAACUGAGCUACACACACACAGCCCCUGCGCUCCGCCACACACUCGCUCAGAGACACGGGCAGUGACUGAGAUUGAGCUCUUCACCGUGAAGCAGGCAGUUAGUGACUCUGGAACAGUGGAAACAGUGAAAACACAGAGCUUCUCUGGUCACAUCUGCUCAGAGAUCAGCGGCUUCAUGUUCAGAGCAGAGGCGGCAGGUGGUUUGUACCGAGCUGGAGUUUCUGUUUCCUCCUCCUCUCGGCUCGCUCCUUGUGCUCAGUACAACACGAGACGUGACGCUCACAGUCAGGACUACUGACAGCUAAAUCAUCCCAAUAAAAAAUAACCUUAACUAACCCUCUGAACUUGAACUAGUUCAUUUUAAGUGUGAACUGGCUCAACGUCCCAAACAGCUACUGGACACCAGCAUUGAAAGGCAGAAGUAGUAGGGCUGGAUCAUUACACUCCUGUGACCAAUCCUGCAUGAGACUGCGGCUAGGCCCGCCUUUCUCAUUAGCAUAAGGACACUGCAAAUGCAAAGGAAAUGUAUCAGGGAAAAAAUAAAUGUUAAAAUAUAUUUAAGACAUUUCUUUUGACAUUUCUUUUGGUAUUAACAUAUUUAUUUAUUUAUUUCUGUAUUUAUUUAUUUAUUUCCAUUUUUAUUUAUUCAUUUAUUUAUUUAUUUCUGUAUUUAUUUAUACAUUUAUUUAUUUAUUUAUUUUUACUUAUGUCAUGUAUGGUCCUCCAUACUCUUCCAUGUCAAGCAGUUCCAGUUCCAUCAACAGCCUUUGUCUGUUAGUUGCCAUCGUUCACUAUGUGUGAGGAAAGCCGGGAGGAGGUAAAUAAACAAUCGUGGACUUCUUCUACAUACGCCAUGAUGUAGGCUUCUCUAAGCUUGUCUUAGGGAAGCCUUCAUCAUUAGUUUUUUCAAUUGAAUUGUUCAGAAAAAAAAGUUCAGACAGGAUUUAUCUUUGUCUCAUUUGUUUACAUUACAAAAACCUUGUAUUUUACAGGGGUGUGUAGACUUCAAACUGUAGAUAAUCAGGAACAUUUCAUAAAGAGUUUGUUGAAAACCUACAACUUUUUAAAAAACUUGUUAUCCUGCUUAAACCCAAUUCUUGCUCCUUGGGAAAACCCUUUAAGUUUUCCCUCAUAAAUACAACAGCACAUAAGUUUUAGAUCAAAAUUAUUUUAACAAAUGAAAUUGAAAAAGCAAUUCAGUCCAAUUUUUUAUUUUUAAGAGCAACAUUUGAAUUAGUAGUUCAACCUCACAAUGAAAAUAGAGACCUUACCUCGAGAACAAAAUUUUUCCUAUUGUGUUGGCGAUCCGAAUCGCCUCCGAAAAGCAUCGUAAACGCCAUCCAUCUUCACAGUGAUGGGCCUGCUCUGCUUGAGGGAAUUUGUUCAUGCAGUCACUCAGAACACAUGUUGGUGCCAAAUAUACUGGAUCCUGUAAAAUACAAUAAUAAUAAAAAGUCUGACACACUG